AUGGAGCUGCUGGCUGAUUAUGACAAAGUGAAAGCGCUUUCGGAAGGCUCUGACUGUCGCUGUAAAUGUGUUGUCAGACCCCUGAGCAGGAGCGCCUGCCGGCGGAUCGCGGAGGGCAGCGCCAAGGCACACGACUUUUACACAGUGGAGACUGUGACCUCGGGGUCCGACUGCAAAUGUGCGUGCAUUGCCCCGCCUUCGGCUCUGAACCCCUGCGAGGGGCAGUUCAGGCUGAAGAAGCUGCAGGAGGCAGGGAAAGAUGAUGUCAAGCUCUCAACCAUUAUGGAUCUACUUGAAGGGUCUUUUUAUGGAAUGGAUCUAUUAAAGCUGCAUUCAGUCACAACUAAACUACUGCAUCGUGUUGAAAAUAUAGAAAAGGCGGUGUCCGAGAAAGAAAUGGAACAAAGUGUCAGUGUUCAUGAGUGGGCUCAAGAGAAGGAAAGAGAUUCCAGUGAGCUUUUGACAAAGAAGAAACCUAAGGGCAAAUCUGGGUACCCAGUCCAGGGUGAUGUAGAAGCAUCCAGCACAAGCAAAGAGCAGAGCAAGUAUGAAGAGAAACCUUCCAGAACCCCGCCGAAGACGAGCCAACCUGACAUGCGAACUAGGAGCAGAGCAGCUAAAUCUGGUCUCCAAGGCGUUGUCGUCAGAGGAAUGACGUAUUAUAAAUCUGAAGUGGAAGAGAAUGGCGACAUGGAUGAGCGCACAACAGCUGAUGAGGUUCUCAGUGGCGAUGGCUCUGUUGACUUGUUAACUGACAAUCAGAUCAAGAAAAGACACACCUUUUCCCAAGCCAACGAGAAACUAAGGAAGGUGGCUAGUGGGGAUGAAGGAUCUUUGGGUGCACUGGAUCACAUGGCAGAUCCCACUGCCCAAAGACAUGCCUCCACUACAGUAGAGAAGGAGAAGACUGAGCGCUUACCAACCAUGGUAACUGUUCCAGUGGCAGAGGAGGGACUCACAAAGGACACUUCUGGAGUUAUGGGCCUUCCCCUGAAUACCAUUACUGGUCUUGAAAACACCACUGCCACCACCACCACCAUUGCACCGGCCACGGUGGCCAGUCAUGCGACAGCCACACUGAACACAACUGCUAGGAUGGCAGAACCUGAUGUCACUAUACCACCUAAUGCUACUGCUCAGGCUGUGCCUGCUAAACCCAAGUACCGCAUCAGUUGGACCGAGAGUCCAGAGGAUCAGAAUAUGGCCCAGGAGUUACAAAACAAUUCUGGCAUAUGUAAAGACACUUUGGCCACCAUCUCUGAUCCUGUGACUCAUAACACGUAUGGUCAGAGUGAAGGAGCGUGGAUGAAGGACCCCAAGGCCAGUGAUAAUAAAAUAUAUGUCACAAACUACUACUAUGGAAACAACCUGCUGGAGUUCAAAGACUUGGAAACCUUCAAACAAGGGCAGGCCGCCAACUCCUACAAACUGCCUUACAACUGGAUGGGCACAGGUCACGUUGUCUAUAACAAGGCCUUUUUCUACAAUCGGGCCUUCUCCCGUGACAUCAUCAAGUUUGACCUGAGGCUGAGGUACGUGGCGACAUGGACUGUGCUCCACAAUGCUGUUUAUGAGGAGGACACACCCUGGAGGUGGAGGGGUCACUCAGACAUUGAAUUUGCUGUGGAUGAAGGUGGCUUGUGGGUAAUCUACCCAGCGAUGGACGAUGAGAGCUUCCACCAGGAGGUCAUAAUCCUGAGCAAGCUGAAUCCCUCGGACCUGAGCAUCCAAAAAGAGACUUCCUGGAGGACUGCCUUGAGGAGGGACUACUAUGGGAACUGUUUUGUUGUGUGCGGUGUUCUGUACGCUGUGGACAGCUCCAACCAAAUGAAUGCUAACAUCUCCUAUGCCUUUGACACACAUACAAAUACGCAGAUGAUACCCCGGCUACCCUUUGUUAACAGCUACACUUACAACACACAGGUUGACUACAACCCUAAAGAACGAGUGCUGUAUUCCUGGGAUAAUGGUCACCAGGUCACAUAUAAUGUAAUAUUUGCCUAUUGAGAUUGACACUAGGCAAAAACACAAAUAUGCAGCACUUUUGUAGAGAAAACAAAUAUUUUCAUGUCUAAAUGGAUUUUAGAUCAGCUUGGAAGCCAUUACUAUUUUUUUUUAAAUGCAAUACAAGUAAAUGUCUUAUCAGGAUACUGUGUCUACCAAAGGUGUGGGAAAUGUAACUAGCUAUUGAGGGAAAAAUGCAUGACAAGGUGUUUGUUUUACUGCUCCAUAUUCAGUAUAUAUUGUAUAUACUCAGAUUUUAUAAUAUAGCAAAGUGGAAUGAAUAAAUGUUGGGUAAGGAGAUACUCUGGCUAUUUAGUUUCUCCAAAGGCACCUGUAGGAAGUUUUAGUAUUUUUUGAAAGCUCAUAUUUUCUUUAACUUUCAGAUUACAUUGUAAAAAAUAUUUGCAGCCACUGGCCUGUUCUGUAUGCUUGCUUUCUGGACUCAUAAGAUGUAAGUCAGUACGUGAUAAUAAAAUACUAAUUAGCACAAUAACAAACUAAUUUUUGCUUCUUCCCAGGUUUUAUGCUUUUUAAAGUCGUUCUUAGUUAAGUAUUUGUGGCUCUUGACUAUACACACAACAGUUGAGUCUGCUAGGAGGUAGACACCUGAUGUGUGCCUAUUUUAACAAGGAACACCAAUUAAAAGUUGGAGAUUCUUAGAACUAUUACCUUUUGCAGGUUUGAAUCCCACCUCUAGCUGUA